CGGUGGCUUAGCUGGGCUCCCGCAGUCUGGAAGUGCUGGUGUUUUCAACGUGCCUGCUAGGUAGACUGCUGCAGCGAGAGGCUUACGGGAUCGGGAUGCCUGGGCUGUCCACUUUCUCGGAACAGUGGCGUCCGGAGCAGAGCUCGCCAGGCUCGGACGCAGGCUUCGUGCUGGGGCUGGACGUGGGCAGCUCGGUGAUCCGCUGCCACGUCUAUGACCGCGCGGCGAGGAUCCGCGGCUCCAGCGCCCAGAAGGUAGAGAAUCUUUGUCCUCAAAUUGGCUGGGUUGAAAUUGAUCCUGAUGUUCUUUGGCUUCAAUUUGUUGCCGUAAUAAAAGAAUCUGUCAAAGCUGCAGGAAUAGAGAUGAAUCAAAUUGUUGGUCUUGGCAUUUCAACACAGAGAGCGACUUUUAUUACGUGGAACAAGAAAACGGGAAAUCAUUUUCAUAACUUCAUUAGUUGGCAAGAUCUAAGAGCUAUUGAACUUGUAAAAUCUUGGAAUAGUUCCCUUAUAAUGAAGCUAAUACACAGUUCCUGCCGAAUGCUUCACUUUUUCACUAGAAGUAAACGAUUGUUAGCAGCCAGUUUGUUCACUUUCACGACCCAGCAUGUUUCUUUGAGAUUGGCUUGGAUUUUACAGAACAUGGUUGAGGUGAAAAAAGCAAUUGAAGAAGAAAAUUGCUGCUUUGGGACUGUUGAUACCUGGUUAUUACAUAAACUCACAAAAGGUUCUGAAUUUGCCACAGACUUUUCAAAUGCAAGUACCACUGGACUUUUUGACCCAUAUGAGAUGUGUUGGAAUGGCCCAAUUACUUCUCUGCUUUCGAUACCCCUUUCUCUCCUGCCUCCCGUGAGGGAUACAAGCUUCAAUUUUGGAUCAGUGGAUGAAGAGAUAUUUGGUGUGCCUAUACCAAUAAUGGCCUUGGUUGCCGACCAGCAAUCAGCCAUGUUUGGGGAGUGCUGUUUCCAGACAGGUGACGUGAAAUUAACCAUGGGAACUGGGACAUUUCUGGAUAUUAAUACUGGAAGUAACCCUCAACAGAAUGUUGGAGGCUUUUAUCCAUUAAUUGGGUGGAAGAUUGGGCAAGAGGUUGUAUGCUUAGCUGAAGGAAAUGCAGGAGACACUGGUACUGCCAUAAAAUGGGCUCAACAACUAGAUCUUUUCACGGAUGCUGCUGAGACUGAAAAAAUGGCCAAUAGUUUGAAAGAUUCUGAAGGAGUUUAUUUUGUUCCAUCUUUUAGUGGAUUGCAGGUUCCAUUAAAUGACCCCUGUGCAUGUGCCUCUUUCAUGGGUUUGAAGCCUUCCACUAGUAAAUACCAUCUUGUACGAGCAAUAUUGGAGUCUAUAGCUUUCAGAAACAAACAGUUGUAUGAGGUGAUGCAGAAAGAGAUUCACAUUCCUAUAACAAAAAUACGGGCAGAUGGAGGAGUUUGUAAGAACAGUUUUGUAAUGCAGAUGACUUCAGACCUGAUUAAUGAGGAUAUAGACAGGCCCGUCCACCUUGACAUGUCAUGCCGAGGUGCAGCUUUUCUAGCUGGCCUUGCUGUUGGGUUUUGGACUGACAAGGAGGAACUAAAGCAACUGAGGCAAAGUGAAAUGGUUUUCAAGCCACAGAAGAAAUGGCAAGAAUACGAGACAAGCAUGGAAAACUGGGUUAGAGCAGUGAAGCGCUCCAUGCAUUGGUACAAGGCGUAGCGUGCGCCCAUGGGACAGAGGUCAGAGACACCAGCACCAUGAUGGCUGAGAGGGGUUUAAAGUGAGCUUUGCAGCCUGAGAGUGAAAGCAUUGCUUUUUUGAAAACAACAACAACAAUCACAGCACACAAACAAAAUUUUUAAAACCCUCAUUUUUUUAACCCAAACUUGGAAAGAUUGUAAGGCAGCAAUGCCUCAAAACUUUCUAUCUCCUGUUUUGUAGCAAAUUGGAAUUAUUAGGAUAUUAGCCAUUGCAACUAUAUUUUGACAGAUAUGGGCCUUACUUUUUAAAAAAAUACCGGGUCAAUGGUACACAGGAAUAUAAUUAUUUACUCUCCAAAUCAAUAGUCCUGGGUCAGAGCCACUGAGCCAGAGAUGCACAAAGAGAAGCAGAGACACCUGUGUUCUCCACCUUUCUUGACAGAAGUCAUGUGGAGGAGUAAGAGUCGUGAGAAGCUUCAGGCCAUGAGUAAAACUGCCGUAAGGCAGUUAAUCACCUUCCAACAUGUUCUCAGGUUAUUUGGCCCACCUUACAUUUGAGCUGGGUUUCCUUCAGAUGGGCAGCAAUGAUGAGUUUACUUCCAAGUUGGUUAGGUUUUAUCACAUAAAGUCCUACAGCUAGCUGUUAAAGAAUAAUGUAAUUAAAGAAGUGAUCAUUACAGGGAAUUUUGGGUUUUUUUUUUUCUGUA